CGCCCGCGGAGCCGGAGGAGGCGGAGCUGGAGCUGUCCCGGCUCCCGAGCGGGGAAGCAGGCGAGGAGGCGGCGCGGCGGGCCCUGGCAGAGGAUCGGGCGGGGCGGCGGGGGAGGCUGGCAGGCGGUGCCGGCAGCGCUGGGAGAGCGGCUCCGCGGGGUAGGCGCUCCCGGCGAGAGGUGUCCGCUCCAUGCGUGCGGGCCGAGCCCGGCCCCUGCGAGCCGCCGACAUGAAGAAAGACGUGCGGAUCCUGCUGGUGGGAGAACCUAGAGUUGGGAAGACAUCACUGAUUAUGUCUCUGGUCAGUGAAGAAUUCCCAGAAGAGGUUCCUCCCCGAGCAGAAGAAAUUACCAUUCCAGCAGAUGUCACCCCUGAGAGAGUUCCAACACACAUCGUAGAUUACUCAGAAGCAGAACAGAGUGAUGAACAGCUUCAUCAAGAGAUAUCACAGGCUAAUGUCAUCUGCAUAGUUUAUGCUGUUAACAAUAAGCAUUCUAUUGAUAAGGUAACAAGUCGAUGGAUUCCUCUUAUAAAUGAAAGAACAGACAAAGACAGCAGGCUGCCUUUGAUACUGGUUGGGAACAAAUCUGAUCUGGUGGAGUAUAGUAGUAUGGAGACCAUCCUUCCCAUUAUGAACCAGUACACAGAAAUAGAAACCUGUGUGGAGUGUUCAGCAAAAAACCUCAAGAACAUAUCAGAGCUCUUUUAUUAUGCACAGAAAGCUGUUCUUCAUCCUACAGGGCCCCUGUACUGCCCAGAGGAGAAAGAGAUGAAACCAGCCUGUAUAAAAGCCCUCACCCGUAUAUUUAAAAUAUCUGAUCAAGAUAAUGAUGGCACUCUCAAUGAUGCUGAACUCAACUUCUUUCAGAGAAUUUGUUUCAAUACUCCAUUAGCUCCCCAAGCUCUGGAAGAUGUCAAGAAUGUAGUCCGGAAACAUAUAAGUGAUGGUGUGGCUGACAGUGGAUUGACAUUGAAAGGUUUUCUUUUUUUACACACACUUUUUAUCCAGAGAGGGAGACACGAAACUACCUGGACUGUGCUUCGACGAUUUGGUUAUGAUGAUGAUCUGGAUUUGACACCCGAGUAUUUAUUCCCCUUGCUAAAAAUACCUCCUGAUUGCACUACUGAAUUAAAUCAUCAUGCAUAUUUGUUUCUCCAGAGCACCUUUGACAAGCAUGAUUUGGACAGAGACUGUGCUUUGUCACCUGAUGAGCUUAAAGAUUUGUUUAAAGUUUUCCCUUACAUACCGUGGGGGCCGGAUGUGAAUAACACAGUUUGUACAAAUGAAAGAGGCUGGAUAACUUACCAGGGAUUUCUUUCCCAGUGGACGCUCACGACCUACUUAGACGUCCAGCGAUGCCUGGAGUAUUUGGGCUAUCUAGGCUAUUCUAUAUUGACUGAGCAAGAGUCUCAAGCUUCAGCCAUUACAGUAACAAGAGAUAAAAAGAUAGACCUUCAGAAAAAACAGACUCAAAGAAAUGUGUUCAGAUGUAAUGUAAUUGGGAUGAAAAACUGUGGGAAGAGUGGAGUUCUUCAGGCUCUUCUUGGAAGAAACUUAAUGAGGCAGAAGAAAAUUCGUGAUGAUCAUAAAUCCUACUAUGCGAUCAACACUGUUUAUGUAUAUGGACAAGAGAAAUACUUGUUGUUGCAUGAUAUCUCUGAAUCGGAAUUUCUAACUGAGGCUGAGAUCAUUUGUGAUGUUGUGUGCCUGGUAUAUGACGUCAGUAACCCCAGAUCCUUUGAAUACUGCGCUAGGAUUUUUAAGCAACACUUCAUGGACAGCAGAAUACCUUGCUUAAUCAUAGCUGCAAAGUCAGACCUGCAUGAAGUUAAACAAGACUAUAGUAUUUCACCUGCUGAUUUCUGCAGGAAACACAAAAUGCCUCCACCACAAGCCUUCACUUGCAAUACUGCUGAAGCACCCAGUAAAGAUAUCUUUGUUAAACUGACAACGAUGGCCAUGUACCCAGAGGAUCAUUACAGAGACAGACUCUCCCGAGACAUGGGCAACACUGAUAGAAUAGAGAAUUUGAGAAAAAUCUGGGUCUUUCUAAAAACUGCUUUCCAUGCCCGGUUACGCUGUAUGUGCACCUGCAACAGGUGUACAUUUUGCAUCUGUCAGAACUUCCUCAACUCAGACUUGCUGCAAUCUGUAAAGAACAAAAUCUUCACUGCAGUUCUUAACAGUUUUAGUUCUGCCCUUUAGAACAACAUACGACUAUUCUACUCCCUCUUCAACCUAGCAAUCCUUCAGACAUUUGAAGACGGCCAUCAUGUCUCCCCUAAUUUUCUCUUCUCCAGGUAGAACAUCCCCAUUUCUUUCAGCCUUUUCUUGAAUUAGAUGGUUUAGUGACCUCAUCAGUCCUGGUUGUCCUCGUCUGAAAGCCCUUUGGGUUUUCAGAGUUCCUCUUAAAAGAGGUGCCACUGAGAAUGGAGAGCAGUGCUCCAGGUGUGAUGGGACAAGUCCUGUUCCACAGUUAGGACAGCACCUGUCUGCUGCGUGAAGUAACGUUAGCAGCCCCAUCCCACUGUUGGUGCAUAUAAAUCUUGGGGUUCAUUGAAAUCAGAUUUUUUUUUCAUAUGAGGUACUAUUAAGGCAGCGUCCCCUCCUCUCUAAUUUUGUACUUGACUCUUUGAACCUAAACACAGAUACAUAUGUAUCUCUAUUAAAUGUCAUAUUCUUCUUUUUGAUCCAUUUGUUCUAGCUCAGUCAUUUCAAACAUUAUUUCUGUCAUUUGUCCCAUUAUAUAUCUCUCUUGGCAUUGUGUCAUUUGCAAACUUGGUAGAUAUGUCUUUUUUAUUGUUCAAGUUAUUGAUAAAAAUAAUGUUGAAUACCAAGAGAUUGGAGAGAGAGAGGAAGCCAAAGCCAGCAAGCCCUGAAGUAUUCCCUUGGAGAUCUCUUUUCCCAAAGACACAGGUUUAAAAUUCUUGGGGAAAGAUUAUUCUAUAAAUUAAAAAUAUUUUAUUAUCUAGUCCAUAUUUUCUCUUAUUAUCUUAUAAGAGAUUUCACAGAGGGCUUUUUUGAAAUCAGUAUGUAAUUUCUAACACAUUCCUCUGAUCCACCAAUGUAGUAAUUUUGUCUGAAUAGGAAGUGACAUCUAUUUGGUAUCUUAUUCUCGGUGAACCCACCUUGGCUCCUAAUAAUUGCUAAUCAAAAACCAUCUAUUUUACUUACCCUGUAAGAUCUUGAGUGUCCAUAUUUGCAGAUUGAUUCAUUGUCUGCAUCUUUAGUGACAAUUUUAUUCUUAGGUCAGUUUAGUCAGCUUCCAAAUGGAAAAGGUUGAGUGUGUAUUAAUGGAUGAGCUUGCUCAUGGUAAAGUACUCUGUACAAUGAUCUUUGAAGACAAAUCAGCAUAUCUUGUCAUAUCAGUUUAUAAACUAGAACUAAUUUAAUGGUAAUGUCAGCAUACAUCCCGACAUCUAGUAAUCAAGAAUGGAAUGAGUGAAAAAGAUAAGGAGGGAAACCAGUGUACCUUUCAAAGAACUCCUUCCUGAUUCCUUGUAGUGUGUCAAAAUUUUAUAGAAGUACAGUGGAAAUUUAGUUCUGUAUUGAAGUUUCCCCUAGUUUACAGAAGGAUGUAGACAAGGGAGAUGGGGGUGGAGCCCCAGAACUUAGGUACCUACAAGGUCUGGAUGGGUAAUGUCAAUGCACGAAGGUGGCCAAGUAUGAGAAGUGAGAGACAUAGGGACCGUGCCAGCCCCUGUCUAAAAGAGGCAGCCACGACUCAGCUCUGGCCAUUUGUUGUUGUCCAGGCUGGCUGUUGCCAGGUCUUCUGAUUCUAUGAGACACUAGACAUCAGGAUUUUUAUGUGAAAUUUCCUGCUAUUCAAAUAAUGGCAAGUAAAUUUAAAUCUUUAAAAGUACUGAUCAGAAUAAAACAUGUUUACAGGCCACCAGCUUGCAACUUCGGUCUUCAGAUAUGGCCUAGAGUUGUGAAAUUGCAGGCAAAAGGAAAAAAAAAAAGAAAGAAAGAAAAGAAAAGAAAAAGAAAAACAUACACCCAAGGAAUGAAACUGUCUCUUUCCCCUUCCCACCAACCAAGUUCUACUCCCUUUUACAUGAAGAAUCUGAGAAAGUCAGGGGUGAUAGGGUCACCUUCUUUCUCUACUAUCUCUCAGGUUGUGGCAGCCUUUGGUGGUUGGUCACCAUUGGUUCGCCAUGCUAGAUAAAUCUUAAUGUUAUAAAGCAGAAAAAGGAUUGCUUAAUUGGGUAAAAGUCACUUAGGAAUUUUUCACUGUAAUUCAGUAGGGAGGAGUCUCACUCAACACUAAGCCUUAAGUCUCUGGUUUUAGAAAUCUGCCACGUCUCAUGUUUGAUUUAGAAGUAUAAAAGAGUAGUUUUAAAGUUUUUAUUUAAGCAAAAAGUUUCAUUAAAUGUCUGCAAAGAAAUUAAUAGACGGGUAUUGGUACAUACAUGUUGAUCUCAAAUUUAAUGUCUUGUUUUAGUGUGCUUGUUAACAUGUUGGUUGUUGAAAUAAAUCACUUCCAGAGAUAGUACAUGUUUGAGGCCACAUUCUCCCUUUACCUCCCUCUGCCUCUGUGAUUUAUUCACUCAGAUACCUAAGUACCUGCUUUAGAUAGGAUCCUGCUGUGAGCUGGGGCAGAAUAUGAAGAUGAAGAAGAUUAAGGACCUGCCUUUAAGUGCCUUUCUAAAUACUAUGUUAUUAAAAAAUUUUUCCUUAGCGGUGCCUGGGUGGCUCAGUCGUUAAGCGUCUGCCUUCGGCUCAGGUCAAGAUCCCAGGGUCCUGGGAUCGAGCCCCACAUCAGGCUCCCUGCUCGGCGGGAAGCCUGGUUCUCCCUCUCCCACUCCCCCUGCUUGUGUUCCUGUUCUCACUCUCUCUCUCUCUCUGUCAAAUAAAUAAAAUCUUUAAAAAAAAAAAUUUUUUUUUUCCCUUAAACUUUGGUUAUGUUUUCAGUAACCUUAGUCCCUCAGGCUACAAAAGGAAGUGCUAUAACCUGAUCAUGAGAGGAUUUAAGCCUAAUAAUUUAUAUUUAGGCAGUUCCCACAGAUUCAUUUCUGAAAUUAUCCAUUUUUUCCCUAGCUAUCUGUCUUUGACCGGUAAAUAUUGUCCCCCCCUCUUUUUGAGCUUAUUUGCUGACAGUACAUAUUUUAAGUAGAGAGUAGUAAUAUUUUUUCUUUUUAAUGUAAUUGAAUAUAUAUUUAUUUCAAGAUGUGAGAAAAGUGUUAAACUAUGUAUCUGACAUGUAACUUUGUUCUCUAGUAAUUAUGGUCUCACCCUUGUGAUCUGAACAGGUUUGUUUUUCUUUAGAACAGUUUAUGAAUAACUGGAAUUAUUUGAAUUUAAAUACAUUUGGAAGAUGAUUAAUAUCUGGUCAGAUGAUUUUAAUCUUUGGCAAUGCUAUUACACUAUUUCAAAUAAUGUAAAUUAUGGUACUGGGAAAAUAUACCUUCUGAUUAUAUUUUAAAUUACCUUUUUGAUCUGAAAGUGUUAAAAUGAUUAUGUAGGAGUGAGCUGGAUUGUUGGUUUGAACUACCCAGGGUUUUAGUUAUCAAGUAUUUAUUAUUCUGACUUCAGAAGACUCCUACUUUGCAUGACGAUGUUACUGUACUGUAGUGUGCUGUGGACUUUAAUUUGUCCUUUCCUUUAGGUGUUCAUUUUAAUUUGUAUGUCUGUGUCACUUAGUCAUUUUUUAACUUCUCUCAGUCCCUGUCCCAGCUAAUUUCUGUGUGUAAUCCUCCCACUUCUCCUAACCUAUAAUUUAAUCAAAAUUGUUUAUUUUAUAAUUUAUUAUUUUGGUGUGGUUUUCUUUAAUACAUAUUUUGGUUUUAGGAUUUCUUUCAUCCCAUUUUAUUAUUUGCAUCAGCCAUAUGAAUUAUUUGUUCAUGUUACUUCUUAAGUUCAGUAGCAGCAUUUUACUUUAGCAACCAAGUGCCUAGUUCACAGUGAGUAUUUACAGUGACCCAAAGGUAUGAUGGACAGUCAUUGUACCCAUUGAAUUUUUUGCCCAAUUUUUUUAAUGCAUUUUUAAAUUUGGGUGUAUGUGGCAUUUAUUUUAAGCCAUUUAUUAGUGAUAUUUACUCAUAUUGUUUUAAUAAUCACCUAACUUGUUCCUUAAUAGGAGCCCGUUUUUUGAGGAAAGGAUUUUAUUAUUGUCACAGUGAUAUGAAUUGCCUUUUCAUAGGAUUGCCUAUGAAGAGGAUAGGUACCUAGAAAUCUUAAUGUUCUAGAGAGUCUUCUGGGAAUGUAAGAGUUCUUAGGAUAUUAUGUUAUAGUAAACUAUUAUAUCCAACAAAGUCUGUCCUGUGUUUUAGUUUCAUAUGAAACUUCUGUGUUCCCUUGUAUCAAGGUCCUUACAAGGCUUUUCUUUUAAUUAGGAUACAUAGUCAUGUUUAAAAUUAUAUAAGAGCUUAUGUUAUAGAUUCUCAUUAAGUAAGCCGCUGCUUGCAUUUUAAAUUUUUUGCCGUUGGUUAGAAUAUUAAAGGAUGCCACAAGGUGGAGUUUUCCUGUUCUGAUCUUUAAGUAUCAGUAGGUAACAUAUAGAUAUUAUGUGUUUCCCAUGUAUCUACGAUCAUGUAUAAAUUUUGGUUCUUCUAGUGCUUGGUGAAGCAUUUAUUGACAUUGAUGCACACUUACGUCCUUUUCCAAAGUAUGUUACUAUUUAGGCAUGCUCAGUUAACAGCUUUCUUAUGAUUUGUGUUGCAGUUCAUCUUUGUUGAAUACAAUAUUUUGACUUCUUAACCUAUCUUGAGAAAUACCUUAUUAAAAGAUUUCAUGCCUACUAGUUCAAUUAGAAGAAUUGUCAUUAUUAAAAUUAUUAUUAAGAGUAAUGGCAUUAUUAUUAGAAAUGAAUGUAAAAGAUACUUCACCAGGCAAAAACAAAACACCAAGAAAACAAUGGGAGGAAUAAAAGCAGGGAGGCCCAGGGGCACCUGGGUGGCUCAGUCUGUUAAGCGUCUCCCUUCAGCUCAGGUCAUGAUCCCAGGGUCCUGGGAUUGAGCCCCACGUCGGGCUCCCUGCUCAGCGGGGAGUCUGCUUCUCCCUCUGCCUCUGCCGAUCUCCCUGCUUGAGCUCGCUCUUUCUCCCUCAAAUAAAUAAAAUCUUUAAAAAAAAAGGGGGGGGGGGCCCAGAAGGCUUUAAAAAGCAAGUGAAAUAUUUAAAAACAGAACAUUUAACUACAAUUUUGGUGACCUCGGUACAGUUUUCAACUUGAGCUAUGUAAUUGCAACUAGGAAAAAGCUGUAUGUACUGUCUAUGAGCACUAGUAACUAGGUUCCAUGCAUUAUAGUUAUGUAGGCGGUUGCAAAGUAUUAACUUAAAAAUUCCUACAUGAAAUACAUAUGUGGAUAGAAUUAUAAAAUUAGAAGAACAUUCAUAUUCCUGCAUCUGUGCACCUCUGCUUUGGGUUUGGAAAGGAUCGGGU